CCACUCUCCAUUCUCCAUUAUCUCUCCCCUUAAAUCUUUCAAUGAAGAAGAAAGACUCCAAAAUGAUUGAGUUUUUGCCAUUGCAGAGCUCAAUUGGUGAAGAUUGUCUUGUUUUCUAUACAAACUUUUUGGGCACAAAUCUUUGCACUUCCUAAGAAGAUCCUACAUGCUAUUGAGAGUCUAUGUGGAAAGUUUUUGUGGACAGGUAGUGUGGAGGCAUCAAAGAAAGCAUUAAUAUCCUGGGAGAAGCUAUGUUGGCCUAAAGCAAGUGGAGGUUUGAAUUUCCUGGAUGUGUUUAUUUGGAAUAAUGCAGCUAUUGGAAAGUUACUAUGGAAUCUCUGUAAGAAAAAGGAUAAAUUAUGGGUGGAAUGGACACAUAGUUACUAUGGGCAAAGAGGAAUUUGGGGCAUUCAAGCAAAUCAAGCUUCGUGGCUGGUACAAAGAAUUCUUAAAGCUCAUAAACAUCUUCAAGCUGCUGGCUACAAUGAGCAUAGUUUACAGCAAAUGGAACAGUACUCUAUUAAGAAGGUUUAUGAAAAGAUGAGAGGAGAUAGGGAGAAAGUGGAGUGGAGAAAGUUGAUAUGGUCCAACUAUGGUGCACCAAAGUGGUUGUUCAUACUGUAUUUAGCUCUAAAUAGGAGGUUGUCAACGAAAGAUAGAAUGGCAAAAUGGGGAGUAACAUCUAAUUUGACAUGUCCAUUAUGUCAAGUGGAGGAUGAGGAUAUCGAUCACCUUUUUUUUGCAUGCAUGUUCACUGCUGGAAUAUGGAAGAAGCUGCUAGCUUGGCAAGGAAUACAACGUACAGGAGGGAAGUGGCAUGAAGAAGUACAAUGGGCAACAACACAUAUGAAGAGCAACACUAGCAAAGCCAAGGUGUAUAGGAUGGUUAUGGCAGGAACCAUCUAUCAUGUGUGGAUAGAGCGCAACAACAGAAUCUUUCAGUUCAAACAGAGAAAUGAGGAGUUCAUGAUUAGACACAUCAUUAGAGAUGUACAUGGAAGAGGAUCCCAUUAUGGGAAGAUAGGCAACAGACUUCAAGAACUCAAUGUAUACCCUUAGGAGAGAAGCUGUGAGAGAAGGCUGAUAGAUAGAGUGUGAUGUUUCAGCAAGUCUUGGAGCAUGUAUGUCCAAGUCUG